AUGGCAAAAAAAAAAUGCACUGGCAAGUGCCCAUGUGACAAUUGCGUUAUUCGAGACGCUGAAUGUGUAUUUAGUAAAAAAAAAAAACGAGGUCCAAAGUCUAGAAGUCGACAAAGGAUUGAAACAACUUCAGAACCUUCUAAACAUGAUAAUUUAUGCGUCAAUAUGAAUGUUUACUCUUUUCAAGAAUCAGAAAUGUAUUCUGAUUUGCAAUUAAACAAUUUCGAUAUUACUCCGUUAAUGUUACAAUCGCCUGCCGAUUUUCCUAGUAACAAUAUCAGCGCAGUUGGUGUAUUGCCAAUUUUUUCUGAAUAUGAAUGUACUCAUCAGCUCCUUAUAGGUUAUGAAGAUCAAAAUUUAUCUUUUAACAACUAUUCUGACUCAUGUAUUAACAUACCGGGUAUUGACAUAUCAGAAAACUUUAACAUACCAGAAAACGUUAUUAGUAAUACUUUUCAAAAUGAAAAUUGG